AUGGAACUUAACAAGAAAUGUAGGGACCAAGACAGCAAUCAAAAGCUUUCUUUACCUACCAGUUCUUUAGAACCUGAAAUCCAUAAAGAAUCUUGGAUGGAUAGCAACCAGGCAAAGGAUUUUCUGGAAGAUUUUCCACACCUUGACGACUUGCCUAUUGCAGGAUCAUCAUCAACUGCUGAUGAUUUCUUUGAUCCCUUGUUCAAUAGAUCUUCAACAAUAGGUUUCGAGUUUUUAGAGUACGAGCCAUUUGAAGAAAGUGAUAAUAACAUUGGUGGCUUGUCAAUCUAUAAUGGCAUGGAAGCUCCGGUAGUGGAUGCAAAUUUACCGGACCAUAACCUCAUCCCCUCGAGUCAUCAACAAGUUAAUCCUAUGGAUAUCUCGAUCCAAGGUGAGAGCUCGCGCAUAGCUGCUGAUAGCGGCAAAUUUUCCAAUAAUGCCCCGCCUUCUUUGCCGAGAAAUCCUGAGCGAGUUCAAAACAUAACUAAAUCAGCAAAGGAGCAAUGGACCCCGGAAGAAGAUAGGGCACUAAUCCAACAUGUAGAAAAUUUUGGGGUUGGAAAAUGGUCUCAAAUUUCUAAGAUACUGCAAGGGAGGAAAGGGAAGCAGUGUAGAGAUAGAUGGCACAAUCAUUUGAUGUCAGAUAUCAAGAAGGAUACAUGGACGGAGGAGGAAGAUAAAAUCUUGGUCGAGGUUCAUGCUGAAAUAGGAAGCAAAUGGGUAGAAAUUGCAAAGAGACUGCCUGGAAGGACUGAAAACUCCAUCAAGAACCAUUGGCAUGCAGCCACAAGAAGGCUAUUCUCGGGGCGAAAAUGCAGCAAAAAAUGGCCAACACCUAGCAUUCUUCUGCAAAACUACAUAAAGAGCUUGCAUACCGAGAAAGAUCGCAAUGGAAGCAGAAAUGCUUCAACAAGUAAUGCUCCAAGUAUCGCUGGUCAAGGAGAAAGUUCUGUCCCUGAUCAGGAUCCAAUGGAGUUAAGCAAUGUGUGA